AUGGCACUUGUAACAAUUCGACGCACCCCGAGUGUUCCAACACCAAAGAAAACGCAGGAUGAAGAAGGAGAGAAAUCUGCUGAAGUUACUGAUGAAGAUGUUGGAAAUCGUGCCAGCAACAGUCUCAAUGAGUGUUACUUUGCAAACAAGGGCGCAGCAUUGGUGUUGGGUGGCUCGAAACAAGGGUGCACCGACCAGCGACAGUCACCUGCUCCAGCGAUUCCCCAACCGGACAUUCAUCACCACUUACGGUCCAUGUUUUAUUUGGUGCGCCCGGAGGAGACGCUCAAAAUGGCGGUGAAACUGGAAAGCGCUCACCCAGGUCGUACGCGAUACUUGGUAGUAGUGUGUCGCGUUGACGAAGCGGCAUUACUGGGGAUCGACUGCAAUGAACGAACAACGGUCGGGCUCGUUCUGCGAGUCCUCGCGGACACUUCCAUUAAACUAGACGGAGAUGGAGGAUUUAGCGUAUGCGUAUGCAACCAGCAACACAUAUUCAAGCCUGUGUCUGUACAGGCUAUGUGGUCGGCGCUGCAGACGCUGCACCGCGCCAGCGCGCGCGCGCGCGACCUCACGCACUUCGCGGGCGGCGCGUCGCACGCGUGGUGCGCGCACUACGAGCGCCGCGUGGACUCCGACCGCUCCUGCCUCAACGAGUGGCACGCCAUGGACUGCAUCGAGUCGCGGCGCCCGCCUUCGCCCGACUCCCUCCGCCUCAAGCCUCGCGAGAGAGACGAAACCGAACGGGUAAUCAGGUGUACGCUGAAAGAGAUCAUGAUGAGCGUGGACCUCGAUGAAGUUACGAGCAAGGCGAUCCGAGGCCGCCUCGAGGACGAGCUGGACAUGGACCUGGCCGAGUUCAAAUCCUUCAUAGAUCAAGAAAUGCUCACCAUACUCGGGCAAAUGGAUGCACCCACAGAGAUAUUCGAACACGUUUACCUUGGAUCCGAGUGGAACGCUAGCAACUUAGAGGAGUUACAAAGAAAUGGGGUCAGGCAUAUACUCAAUGUGACAAGAGAAAUAGAUAAUUUUUUUCCGGGUAUGUUUGAUUACCUAAAUAUUAGAGUUUACGACGAUGAAAAGACUGAUCUACUAAAACAUUGGGAUAAUACAUUUAAGUAUAUAAAUAAAGCUAAAACCGAGGGCUCCAAGGUUCUCGUUCAUUGCAAAAUGGGAAUAAGUAGGUCCGCUUCUGUCGUCAUAGCUUACGCUAUGAAGGCCUUCAAUUGGAAUUUCGACAAAGCAUUGAAGCAUGUAAAAGCGAAAAGAAGCUGUAUCAAACCGAAUACGAAUUUUCUCAAUCAGCUCGAAACUUACCAAGGCAUACUGGACGCCAUGAAGAACAAAGAGAAACUUCAACGGUCAAAGUCGGAGACCAAUCUCAAAGCUCCCAAAUCGGCGUCCAAAAUAGAAAGCAAAAUGACGGAUCCGACGCCCUUGGUGCUGGCGCUGACGGGCUCGUACUCGGGGCGGCCGCGCUCCUGGUCGCCCGACACCAAGCUGGCCUCCGAGCUGCUGCCGCCCACCUCUGUGUCGCUGGAGCACCUCGCCUCCUCCGAGACGCGCCACAUGCUCAUGCCCUGCGCCCACGGCAGCUACAGCGUGUCGCCCAACCAGAUCAUCCGCCUUAAGGAGGAGGUGGCGCUCUCCGUGCGCCACAUCGUGCAGGAGAUAGAGACCGCCGCCUCGGGCGACCGCCGCGACCUGCCGCGCCGCUCGCAGCGACUCAACUUCGGCGCCGAACUCGGCUCCGGCCGCACCUCGGAAGACGUCAGUGUUAAAUCUCAGGGAUCGCCGCAGCGAAAUUUAGAUCAAAAGUAUUCAGAGACGGAUCUGGAUGCGGCAAAAAUUCACACGUGGGAUCCCGGGGAGCCGUGGCGAGACGAGAUACCGAACGCGAUCGACAGUGACGAUAUAGUUAAGAGUGACAGUGGUAUAAUAGACGUGAAAUUAAGAACGAGUGACGUUAUAUACAAUUCGUUGGAACGCAAUUUAGAUUCGGAGGAGCGCAAGGAAGAGGGUCCUCCACCGAGCAGGCAGAGCUCGUGGAGCUCGGUCGACAGCGCGGUGGUGGCGGACCUGUCGCGCCACCCCUCGUGGGGAUCGGGCGCCGCGCCCGCGCCCGCGCCUGCGCCCGACCUCGCCGUCAUUCGCGAGCGCCCCGACCGCGCCGCCAACGAGCGCAAGUUCAACGCCACGUGUGCCAUCCUCGAGGAGCUGGCGAGCGCGGCGCGGCGCGGCGCCUGCACGUGGGGCGGGCGCCUGUCCGCCUCCGCGCCUGCCGACACGUGGCUGCGCGCCGGCCCGCGCCGCCGCCGCCUGGCCGCCGCCUCGCACGGCGACCUGCCGCGCGCCGCGCCCGCCGCGCCCCUCGCCGCCGCCGCCGCCGGCCUCGUCAGCAACCUCAAGAAGGAGUUCGAGGCGCGGCUGGAGGCCGAGCCGCCGCGCCGCGCGCCGCCCACGCCCGCCGGCGAGGACCGCUCGGUGCGCGUGCUGGUGGGCCGCUACGACCGGCCCGGCCGCACGCGCUGCGAGUCCGGUGGGGAGCCCCCGCGGCCAAAGGCGCCGCACGAGUCGGUCUCCAAGAAGUGCAAGCUGACGGCGUCGGAGGGCGAGGCGCGGCCCCCGCCGCCCCCGCGCGCCUCGUACUGCUCGGGGGAGCGGCCGCCGGUGGCGCCCACGGUGUUGGCGCUCGCGCCUCUCGAAUAUACGAAUGUGGUAUCUACUGUGAUGUCGAAAGCUCAAAAUAAAAAACAAUUGCAGCAUGGGAAGACCCAUCCGUUGACGAGGCUCAACUUGAAUCGGUCGAAUAAUAGGUGUUCGAAUCCUGUGUAUAAUACUAUG